GGCGCGAGCGCGCGGGGCAUCACGGGCCGCCGGGACACGGAAGAUGGCGGAUGCGGCCGUGGGGAAGGACAAGUGCGGGGAACAGCGGCUCGUGUCGCUGCCCCUGUCCCGCAUCCGAGUCAUCAUGAAGAGCUCUCCUGAGGUGUCCAGCAUCAACCAGGAGGCGCUGGUGCUCACGGCCAAGGCCACGGAACUCUUUGUUCGGUAUCUAGCCACCUGUUCCUACAGACACGGCAGUGGCACAGCCAAGAAAGCCCUGACAUAUAGUGACUUAGCCAGCGCUGCAGAGGACUCAGAAACCCUUCAGUUUCUCGCAGAUAUAUUACCAAAGAAGAUUUUAGCUAGUAAGUACCUGAAAAUGCUCAAAGAGAAGAGGGAGCAAGAAGAGGAAGAGGAUGACGAUGGUGAAAGUGACAUUGGUGAAGUCCUGGCUUAAGCCAGCAAGGCGUGAUCUCAGCCUGGUGAGCAGGGAUAGACUCAGCUGGGCAGUGACGCAGGCACUGCAGUGCUGUAGUGUCACAUCUCAGCCUUGCGGCCUGCGGCCUUCCCUCUUGCAGUGGAAAAGACUGGAGCAGCCUCCCACACAGACCCGCAGCUGUCUCCCGUCCUACCAGGGGAGCCCUGGGCAGAUGGCACUCACUGUUGUGACUCUGGGCACAGUAGCACAAACCGCUGAGCUUCAUGUUGAAGUUGCAGAUGACCUGGAAAACUCCAUGUCAGCUGUCUAGUCACAGGGACAUCCCUUUUCACAAAUGGCUAUAUGUGUAGCUCAUGUACAUUGUGCUACCUUUGAAUUUUUUGUAUUUUUUAAAUGGACUUUGCAUUUUUACUGUACAGAAAAUUUGCUUUUCAUUUUCCAUUAAAGGUUUGUAUUUUACAGUAAUAUGCUUUAUUGAAGUGGUUUUAGGAUCUUUGCUUUUUCUAACAUUUUACUGAUAAUCUUGUGAAAUGUCAGAGUUAGCAUUUCUGGCUAGAGAUGUGAGCCAGACAGAAUGCUUGCUUAGCAGGCACCAAAACAAACAGCAGCAACGUGUAAGAAGCUGUCCUAGUCUAAGACGAGUGAGCCCCAGCUCAUCAUCCACGUACAGUAGAAGAAGCAAUCUUCUGUGUAAAUGUUUAAGCAAGCUGGACACUGGAGACAGUACUCAUUUUUCUGUUGUCAUUUAUAUCCAGUAAAACCAUCCUGUGCUUUAUAAAGUUUGACAAAAACA